AUGGACGGACGGGCACAACGGCGGGUGAUCGGGCGGCCAUAUGUCGGGUCGGUAGUGUACCUAAGGUGGUGGUCGGGCGGGUCGUCCGUUUUGUGUCUGGACGUUACGGUGCCCCUCCAGACGGUGGGGAUUGUGAAAAAGGAGGCGAUGGUGAAGCUCCACGCGGGUUUCUCCAUCCUCCAUCGUCGUCUCUUUGGUUUCCAGAAGAAAAGGAGAGCGGCUGGUGACUUUUACGCAAAGGUGCUAUCCAAGGCGGGACCGGCUCUCCCGCUGCAACCCGGCGUUUUGAAGCCAACCCUGACGGCUUCAAGCGAGUCCAAAUCGGGAUCCGAACAAGCCUGGCCGCCCUCCAAAAGGGAAAAGCAGCCCAGACCACCUCCCCUCUUUCUUGGGCCCCUGAACAAAUCCACCGAAACGGGCCAGACAGAUCCUGAGAUCCACGGCCGGGUGCUGGGGCUGCCCUGUCGAGGUGAGCCUCUCUGGUCAACGCUCCAAGAUGUAAUUAACACCUCCCUCUCCCUCGUCCUCGUCCUCGCCAUCAUCAGCAUCAGCUUCAUCCGUCUCUUCCUCCUCCAACAAGACCUUUAA